ACAGCACCAGAGCAGCAUCCAGCAGCAUCACAUGCCUCCAGCUCGCAACAUGGACCAGUGUUUGGGCUUGACGUCAGCCGUCACCGCCCUGCCCGCAGUAUCGCUGCCCACAGAUGGAGACGGCACAUUCGGCCUUGAGCUAAAUCCAACCCGGAGGCUGAAUUAGAUAGAUCCGUCGCACCUGCGCGAGCCUUCUUCGUGUCUUGGACCGCGACGAGACCGACGGACUUGGCGGGAGAAGAGAUGCUCCGCAGUCGCCGAGCGAGAGGGGGCGGCGGGGUGAGCCGCUCCGCUCGUGGGGUUCCUCAGCUCGGCGGAGCUCCAGCUUCCACCGUGGAGGCGAUUUAGGAACAGCAUCUCUCCGUUGAAUAAACGCAGCCAGUCUGUUCUCAUUUCCCACGGCUCCGAGGGACCAUGGACUUGUGUGUGGAAGGGUGGAGCUUUCGUUGAAUUAAUGAUGAGGAACAUCACCAGGAAAGUGACAUGAUUCCCGUGUUACUGUGCUCCACACAAUGCGAGCGUCGCUGGUGAGUCACUGCUAGAGAUGGUGGUCGCGGGCAGCUGCCCGGAGGAGACUCUCCGCCGCGGCUGUUUAUGCAACGCUCCGCAGUGUCCCACCGCGAAGGCAGAGCCGUGACAGCGAUGCUUCCGUGCAGCCAACUCGGGCCUUGACUCCGUCCUCCUGAGGAAGUCGACCAUCAGCACCGCCACCAUGUCCAAAGUUGUCAGCAACAAGGAGAAGAAAUCCUUCAGCAAGAAGCUGUUCCGGCGGAGCUCGGUCCGCUCCGUGGGCAGCUUCAUGAACCGAGUUCUGCGGACCCUCUCCACGCUCUCCCACUUCGGCACCGACGAACAGGCCGCCGACGACGAGACGGACGACGGGACCUCGAUCCCCAACACCAUCGGAGGUUCUCUGCCCUCCGACGACAGCGACUGCGGGGGGUUCCCGUUCGGCGACAAGGUCCCGGGGGUCGCCGGGCUCAAGAACCACGGCAACACCUGCUUCAUGAACGCGAUCCUGCAGUGUCUGAGUAACACCGAGCUGUUCGCCGAGUACCUGGCCCUGGAGCAGUUCCGAGGAGGCGGGGAGGCCAGCACCAACAGCGGGGACAAGGCCAAGACCAACGGGGUGCUGCCGCUCCAGAAGAAGGGGGCUCAGCAGCAGGAUGCUGGAGAGGUGACCGAGCAACUGUCCGGCCUGGUGCGAGCUCUGUGGACCUUUGAGUACACCCCUCAGCACAGCAGGGACUUCAAGAAUGUGGUGUCCAGGAGUGCACUUCAGUUCAAGGGGAACUCCCAACAUGAUGCCCAGGAAUUCCUCCUCUGGCUGCUGGAUAGAGUCCACGAAGACCUCAACAACAUCAUCCACCCAGACAUCAGACCUCCAAGGAAGCCGCCAGUGGAAGAAGAAAACCCACCUGAAGGGUCUCCACUACCAGCACCUGGCUCUUUUGUACAGGAGCUGUUUCAGGCCCAAUACAGGUCGUCGCUGACCUGCCCUCACUGCCAGAAACAGAGUAACACCUUUGACCCUUUUCUCUGCAUCUCACUGCCAAUCCCGGUACCUCACACACGACCCUUGUAUGUGACGGUGGUGUACCAGGGGAAGUGCUCCAACUGCAUGAGGGUCGGUGUGGCCGUGCCCCUCUCUGGUACCGUGUCCAGGCUCAGACAAGCUGUGGCCCAGGAGACCAAAAUCCCUGCCGAACAGAUCGCCCUCACCGAGAUGUACUACGACGGAUUCCAUCGCUCCUUCUGUGACGACGAUGACGAUCUUGAAAUCAUCCAGGAGAGCGACUCCAUCUUUGCCUUCGAGACGCCUGAGCUUUUCAGACCCGACCAGAUCCGUUCCAAGCGAGGCGCGAGUCCACUUGCCAAUCUAAACCAGAACAACUUAAAGUAUGGCACAGACAACAACAGGAUUGCCACACAAUUACAGGAGCCUACAACCACCCCUCCUCAAAGUCCCAACAAAAACAGCGAGCAGACGGAGAAGAUAGUUGUGUUGGUGUGUAACCGAGCCUGCGCAGGGCAGCAGGGACGCAGGUUUGGCAAUCCUUUCAUUUUGUAUCUGGAGCGCACGGUGACGUGGGAUGUUCUGCAGAAAGAAAUCCUGGAGAAGAUGCAACAUCUCCUGCGACCCGGAGUCCUGGUCCAGGUCGGGCCCUUCACUUUGCGAGUGGUUGGUGUCGUGGGAAUUACCUAUCUGCUGCCUCAGGAGGAGCAGCCCCUCUGCCACCCGUCUGUUGAGAGAGCAUUCAAGUCCUGUGGCCCGGGAGGUCCGCCUCAUGUCAAGAUCGUCGUUGAGUGGGACAAAGAAACGAAGGACUAUCUGUUCAAAAGAACGGAGGAUGAGUACAUCCCAGAUGCUGAAAGUGUGCGGCAGGUGAAGGAGCAGCACCUCCAGCCUCAGAACUGCUCGCUCGCCCAGUGUUUCCAACUCUACACCAAAGAGGAGCAGCUCGCUCCUGAUGAUGCUUGGCGAUGUCCUCACUGUAAGCAGCUGCAGCAGGGAAGCAUCAAACUCAGCCUGUGGACCCUCCCUGAUAUCCUCAUCCUUCACCUGAAACGUUUCAGACAAGACGGCGACCGGCGGAUGAAAAUGCAGAACAUGGUGAAGUUCCCGCUGACUGGCAUGGACAUGGCGCCACAUAUGGUGAAGAGGAGCCAGAGCAGCUGGAGUCUGCCCUCCCACUGGUCGCCAUGGAGACGACCUUAUGGCUUGGGACGUGACCCCGAGGACUACCUCUACGACCUGUAUGCAGUGUGCAAUCACCAUGGGACGAUGCAGGGAGGACACUACACAGCUCAGUGCAAGAACUCCAUCGACGGUCAGUGGUACUGCUUUGAUGACAGCGACGUCCAGCCGAUAUCCGAGGAUGAGGUCUGCAAGCAGACUGCUUACAUCCUGUUUUACCAGCGGCGUGCCACCAUUCCAUCCUGGUCUGCCAACAGUUCUGUGGGAGGAUCUACGAGCUCGUCCCUGUGUGAGCACUGGAUCAGUCGUCUCAUGGGGAGUCGGCCACCGAGCCAGGCGUCCUCCGGAUCGUCCCGACGCACAUCUCUGGCCUCUCUUUCUGAGUCUGCAGAGUUUGCAGGCGAGAGAAGCGAAGAUGACGGUUUAGUGAGUCGACCUGCAGUGAGAGGGAUGCAGAGACAGACGUUCUCCUCCAGAUCUUCCAUCGCGAGUCCCCUUGUUCUCAGCGAAAAUGGCAGCAAGCCCUCCUGGUCCCACUCUGCUAAGCUCCAGCUCCGCUCUAACUCGCCGUCACGCUUCUCCCUGGAGUCCCACUCCUCCUCCCCGACUCUGGAGAUGAUAGGGGAGGUGGUGGACACCAAGCUGUCAUCCUCUUGCUUCAGUGGGUCACCUAAGCCAGAGAGAUUUCCUGGCGUUAAAUCAUCCCUUGCAGCUUCUGAGAAUAAUCCUGGCAGUAAGAGGCUGAUAGAGCAGGUUCACUCCAAAGCCGUGUCACAAGCAGAGGCGCGAAGCUCCCUCCAGCCGGGGGAUAACAACAAUGUAGUUAGUGGUGCUGAACAAGUCAGCCCUCGACACUCUGUCAGCGGGAAAGAACCGAAGCAGAGAAAUGACUCAACAGAGAGCACUGGUGUCAAAAGGAGCUCCGGGAAGUCGGGUCUUGAAAGUGAAAGGAGUCCCAAGAAACGUCCUGCCACCUCCUCCACGUCAUCCAGCUCUCUGUCUCCGGCGCCCCCACCAGUCACCAAGUCGCCGUCCAGAUCGCAGAACAAAAGUGGGAGCUCAAACCCAAAAGACAAAACCAAUGGCUCUGCCAAAAGUGGCAAAGCUGGAUCCUCGCGGGCAGCAACUCCCUCCAAAAAAGGCCAAACGCAGGAGUGUGGACAGCAGCGAAAGAGCGGGUCUCCUGGGUCGCAAACCUCGCAGAGGAAGACGUCACCGAGGGGCGGAGAGAAAGGCUCCGCCUCAGGAAGGACUAGAUUAGCAGAGAGGAGCGCUAGCCGGGAAGCCUCGCGGACAACUGCGCUGGCAGAGAAGAAGAUCAACCAGUCUGUUCCACCGUCCAGGACCAGUGCUGCCAGUCGGGCUGAGGCCAGGAACGGGCGCGCGGUGGAGAACCGGCCACCGGGUCGCAGCUCCAGCAGCAGCUCCUCCAUGACCAGUCUGAGGUCCUCAAGUGUAGGCGUUUCCUCUACAAAUGGUGCUCCGCCUUCAAAGGGACUUCGAGGGAGCAGCAAGACAGAGGACAAAGGUUUGUCCUUCUUCAAGACUGCUCUGAGGCCCAAAGAUGCCCGCAAGUCUUCAGACAGCGGGAAAGCGGAGGCGAAGGGAACUGCUGACGAAACCUCCGCUGAUUUAGGACGAGACGGGCCGAACAAAAAGGGUCAAGGUUCAGAGACUCCAAACAACGUGACCGCAGCCAAAGACAAGGAGUCGUCGAAGGCGUCCUCGGCAGCAAAACAUUCCCUGCUGCCCUCCACAAAAUCCAAACAGUCUGGCGCGGAAACUCCCGCUCAGCCGUCGUCUAAAGACCUCUCGAAGAAGGAACCUGUGAAAAAGACAAUGCAGUCCCGAAAGAUCCCCAUCAACUCCACACAAACUAGCCAGAGGUCCAAGUGAAGCCCUGCAGGCUACAAUCUCUCUCGAUGGUGCAGCUCCAAGGUGCUUUAAGAAGACCUUUAAAGCCCCUGUAGCCCCUCACUGGUGACGCAAUACCAGCUGCCAUUGUGACAUGUUGUUUAGGAAUGAAUUUUAACAAAGCACUUUGUAUGGAUUGCAUUGAUUUUGAGGAAUAUUACUGUAUUAUACGUAAGCAUGAGCUGCACAUGUAUUGAAACGAAUGCCUUGUUCCGUCUGUAGCAUAUUUGUGAAGAAGGAAUCUCAGAAAGGAGGGAUUUGAGGUGGCACAAGACGGAUGUCCGACAAAAAUACUCCAAAGGAAAGUGUCUGGCGAUUUGUUGGUUUUUUUUGAAACGCACGGACGCUGUAGUGUAUUUCCAAAAUCCUUGACUUACAAGCUCUUCACUAUAGAGAGCCAUAUGUCCACAACCAACAUCAGUGCCUCAGAUAAUCAUAGUAUUUACUCUAAAUUGUAUAACGGGAUUUAUAAUUCAAUUUUAAUAUUUACUAAGCACUGAAAAUGUGAUUCCAAGUCAAACACGAUGACGCCUAUCUAACCUGAACUGCUGUUUACAUACGCUCCUCGAUGUUGUGGUUCGAGGCGUGCUUUCGUGCAGCCAAAUUCACAGAGGGGAAGCGGAGCGAAGAAGCAUGUUGGUGCGCCACGUCCGGAGACGCUUUGUACUGGUUUUUAAAUGUUUGUGUUUCUCUUCAAUCAUGUCAGACAAACGUGUCACGUGUCACCUUCCGACUGCCAGACACACCAAAACAUUCCUAGCUGACCCACGCGGGGGUCGCUGUGCAGGCUUGACACAAAGGCACGGCGGGAAUGUUUGCCCAACACCUACCUGGUGCAUUUGAGUUCCAGUCUCACGCAGCGGGUCACUCUGUCGCCUCACAAUCUCAACCAAACACACCGACUUGGAUUGAAAACUCUCACUGUUCUAAUCAGCAAGUGUUGCAUGAUCAGUUGCUUAUGCAUGCACCUAACUAUGCAAGCAAAUCCUUGCUAAUGCCCACACUAGGUAUGCUGUCGUUGGAUGUGUAUAUAUUUCUAUCUGUAUAUUUUUCCAAAAUGCCAGCAUCUGAGAGCAUGUCCAGGCAUUCUUUAGUUACGGCUGUAUGUCCAGCUUUCUUUGCACAUUCCUUUAGAUAGACAUUUUGUAUGAAUGAAUCUGCUCAGCCACCGUCUCCAAGUAAAUCACCUCACAUGCAAGUGUCCCCUGGCUUGUGUCUUUGUUGGAAGCAUGCUGACGUUAAUGACAACAAAAAGGUUGCGGUUUAUCACAUUUUGAUGAAGGAUUUGAAUUUUCAGUGCUCAAAGGAGGCUUUCGCUAUUCUUUCGGAAACAAAAUGCCUUGUUUGUUACGGUCCUGGUAGCCGGUGUGGACAGAAGCGACAUGUAACGUCCGGGUCUUUGUCUCUCUUGGCGUGAAUGUUUUGGUUCAGCGGAGCAUGUUUGUGGAGUUCAACCUACGUUUUUAACAUGCCAGCGUGCGUGACAAGCCCUUGUGAUUGUAGGAGUGAGAGGAAAGUUAGUUUCUCUCUCACAGUUCAAACGCAUUAUGAGCUUAAUAGAGUCAAGUCAUGAGAAAGAUCCUCAGGUGGUGCACGCUCCCGUGUUGUCACAAAAACAAUGGAGAUGUCAAGUGAAAAAGUGUCAGGGCCAGUGAAUACAUCCUGAAAAUUAAAUUUAGAACAUUUACUCUGGAUACUACACAUUCAACUUGACAUUCUUUCAGUCUAAACUUUAAAAAGUAAAGUUUUAAGUUCGUAUAUCAGUGCAUUUUGGAGUGCUUCAGAGAACUGUUUUAAGCAAGCACAAAAAUGCUCAGGAACUUGAAACUUAAAUGGCCGAGAAAUGGAACCAAAGGCUGGUGGGAUCAUCCAAAGUCACAAAUGCCGUUUUAGGUUGUAGUAUUACCAAGUAAUAUGCAUUAUAUGUCAAGUAUUUACACAAAGUAUUUACAAUGAGCAAAUUUAAAAACAGAAGUUGGAACAAUUUUGAGUGCAACAUCAUAUCAUGUAUGUGUUUGAUGUUAAUAUCAUUCAGAAAACUGAAUCAUGUAAAAACAAUUUAAUGUAUAAACAAUGAUAGAAAAGAAAGUUCCAUUUUAUUUUAUUAAGUGUCAAACAGAAAUAAUAAUAAAAAAAAACCAUCUGAUCCAUGUAUAGUGCUCAAACAUUACUCUUUAUAUUGUACAAAUUAUAUUUGUACCGCCAUGUGCAUCAAAAUUAGUUAAAUAUGUUCAGUUAAAUUGUUUACAAAUAUAAUAAAUUUGUUUUACGGGUGUUUAAUUUUAAUGUUAAUAUUCUUUUAUUUAUUUAAAAAAUGUCUAUUCUGCAAAUAUGUUAAAACUAUUUUAUUUAUAGCGUUAGAAUUGGGAUUUUGUGAAUAAAAUAUUUUUUGUGCCACAUUAUGUUUUGUUCACACCAUAUAGUAUGCACAAAAUAGCAAUAUACACUUCUUUGAACAAUUAAAACAAUAAACUCAUGCUACAUUUUUUGUUCUUUUUAUGCCGGAGUUAGCUGGUCUCCUGACUCUCAUACCAGACUAAAAUCGACGGCGAGUGCGAAGUGCCUGCUGGCGACAGUGUGUUACAUCUGUGCUCUUCGAUAACAUGCAGUAUUUGUUGCAGUAUUUGUGGUGAUUUGAAUGUCCAAUUGCCAGAAGCGCUUCACUUUUUUAAAUGGUACUUUUGAUGUCAGUCAUGAACGGAUGGAUUGAUCAGUCACCUCUCGUCAAUAAACAACAUAUCGUCAACACAAUCGUUGGCUCGUGCGGGUUUGUCAUCACCUCCGUCCAUGCCCCUGCUCUCCACUUGGUGGCGCUCAACGUUAACCUGGACGCCUCCGCGGAGCCCCAACUUUCAGAUUUGGGAAUCGCUCAACAUCAAUUUG